GCGACGUCGUUUUACCGGACGAGCCAAUGGAAAUAACGCCUUGAACCAGGGACUUUCUCCGAACUCGAACGAUUUGCUGAUACAUUUCGUCUCCAAACGCAAAUCGAGCUACUCACGCACAAUCUCUCUUCAAUCGCACUGCCAAUUCCAUUUCACUUACCGUGAGUUUUGGAUUAUGAUUGGAGAAAAUGUCGGAGAAUCGUGAUUCGGAGCUGGUCCUGGAAGGUGCCGGAGCUGUGGAAAAUGGAGAAUUCAAUGGAUUUCAGCCAGAAACAGCACCGGGUGAUGCAGCAGCAAGUGCUGGGGAAGUUCCCGUCAUUGUCGAGCCAGUUGAUGGAGCUGGAAGGAUUGAUCAGGUGGAUCAAGAAGAUGGUAAAGAGGCUCUGUUGCAUAGGGCUGAUUCUGCAGAAAAUAGCUCGGGUGACACAAGAGCGACUGAAGAUGGGGUGAAAGAAGACAUGUUUGUUGAUUGUCCUGAUGAGUUAAUUGUUUCUGAUAAUAGAGAAGUGGCAGAAAUUCCUGAAUCCAACCAAAGGUUGGAGACACAGGAUGAUUUGCAGGAAGCUCCUGCUAAUGAGUCAGACACGGGGACACAAAUUAAGCAAUUAAUGGAUGAGCUGGUUCACCUGCGUGCUGUGCUUGAGAAAACCAUCAGUGAGAAAGAAGGUUCUGCACAAGAAUAUAAGGCAGAAAGGGAAGCCUUCACGAAAGAACUUGCUAAUCUACAUUAUCAGCUUCAGACUCUGAACAGUCAACAGGUUUUGCCUAGGGAAAAUGAUAGCAGUUUUGUCUCUGGCCUUCAAAGAGCUGAAAUGGAAGAGGUGGGGGAAAAGAUCUCAUUAUCUGAUAACCCACUGCAUGAUAUGGUAAAUGAAUGCUCGAAGUUUGUUAGGAAUGCUUUGAAUGUACAGCUACAGACAGAGGAAACAUUUAGAGAACUCCAUUCCAUGGUAUUUACAAGGGAUAAAGAAAUUGAAGAUCUUCAUGCAAAGGUUGCUGAACUGUCAAUAUCUCAGGAUGUUGUCUUAAGUUCAGCUAAGAGUUGGUCUGAUUCUCUAAAAACAUCUCUGGACCUUACACACAAUGAGCAACAGCAUAUUGAGGCUAUUGCAGACAGGUUGCUAGCUUCUCUUGGCAUAUCAGUUAAUGAAGAUCUGUUGGAUGACUCCAUCUCUGUGAAAAUGUCACGCAUUGAGAAAAGCACUUCCCUGCUGGUUGAGAAGCAUAGCCAUUUCCUCUGUGAAAUUGAUAUACUUAAGCAAUCUUUGACUGAGGUCGGGUUGGGGUUUAGCAUACAAGAUGACAUUGGGACAACUAUUGUUGGUGCACGUGAGAUCUUGCUUGAUCUCCAAAAGAAGGAAGUAGACUUGGCUCAAAGAAUUAAUAGUUUGGAAGAUGAAAACAGGAAACUAGUGGAACAGCUUGACGAAGGCAAAGAAACAGCCAAAAUGGCAAAUGCAGAUGUUGAAAAACUCAGAGUAGAACUUGAACAGGAGAAAAUAAAAUAUUCUAAUACAAAAGAAAAGCUCAGCAUGGCUGUGACAAAAGGAAAGGCAUUGGUUCAGCAGCGGGACUCGCUAAAGCAGUCUUUGGCUGAGAAAACAAGUGUACUUGAGAAAUGCUUGACCGAAUUGCAAGAGAAGUCAAGUGCCCUGGAGGUUGCUGAAACAACUAAGGAGGAAUUGGUCAGAACUGAAACUUUGGCUGCUUCAUUGCAAGAAGCACUUGCACAGCGGGAUGCACUUUUUGCAAAAUGUGAGGAAAUUUUGCCUGACGCCAUUGAGCCUCAGGAACUUCAGUCGGCAGAUAUUGUGGAGAGAAUUAGAUGGCUUGUGAAUGAGAGAAAUACACUAAUGGGCCUGAAGAUGGAACUUCACAAACUGAUAAAUGUCCCAUCUUUGAUUGAUUUACCAGAAAACAAUUCCUCUUCUGACCUUGAAUCUCGAGUCAGUUGGCUUGUGGAAUCAUUAUCCCAAGCCAAAGGAGAAGCAAAUAAACUUCAAGAUGAGAUUGCUAGGACUAGCGAAGCUGUAAAUAAUGAGAUUGAACGCCUAACAAUUUCACUUUUAACAGAAAUGCAACAGAAAAAUUAUCUGCAGGAGGAGUUGGAAGAUCUGACCAACAAGUACAAAGAGAUUUCUGAGAAGGAGCACCAAGUUUCAAUUGAGAAGGAUCAGAUGGUUGCCAUGCUGCUAGAUGUAUCUGGAAUUGCAAUGGACAGUCAAGAGGCCGAUCAAUCUCACUUUGAUGUGGCCAUGUUUAUAGAGAGAUGUUUUGAAAAGGUCAAAGAGCUAAGUAGUUCAUCCUCCAAAUCUUCCAAUCUUCAGGCUGAGAUGUUUGAAAGAAUUCAAACUCUUUUGUAUAUAAAAGAUCAGGAGUUGAUGCUUUGUGAAGCAUUAUUAGAAGAAGAUGUCCUAGUUAGAUCAAGGGUGAAUACUUUAUUAAAUAAAUUGGGAGUUGCAUCUGAAGAGCUUCAAGCACUGAAGGAUGUGAAAAGUGCUCUGCAGAAAGAUCUUGAACGUUCAGAGGAGAAAUCUGCUUUAAUAAGGGAAAAACUAUCUAUGGCAGUUAAGAAAGGAAAAGGACUGGUUCAAGAGAAGGAUAACUUGAAGAAGCGUCUGGAUGAAAAGAAUGCAGAAAUUGAGAAGUUGAAGCUUGAGAAACAGGAGCAAGAAUCUACACUUGAUGGUUGCAAGAAUCAGAUUAGUAAAUUGUCUGCUGAUGUGGAACUCAUUCCCAAGUUGGAGGCUGAUCUUACCACUAUGAAUGAUCUAAAGGAUCAACUUGAGCAGUUCUUAGCGGAGAGCAAUAACAUGUUACAGAGAGUGAUUGAAUCAAUUGAUGAUAUUGCUCUUCCUAAUGAUCCAACGUUCAAAGAACCUGUAGAGAAGGUACAUUGGCUUGGAAGAUAUUUCAGUGAAUGUCAAGCUGCAAAGAUAGAUGUAGAACAGGAGUUGGAGAAACUAAAAGUGGAAGUCAUUUCUCUUUCGGGCAAAUUAGCAGAAACUUGCACAACCAAGGAAUCACUGGAAGAAGCACUAUCAGUUGCAGAAAAUAAUAUUUCCCGACUAGCUGAAGAAAAGGAUGAACUAGAAGUUGGUAAGACAUAUGUAGAACAAGAGUUACAGAAAGUAUUAGAUCAACUUUCUUCCCAAGCAGGCAAGUUUAGUGAGGUUUCUGCAAUGAGAAAGUCACUUGAAGAUGCAUUAUUAGAAGCUGAGAAUAAGAUUUCUGUUCUUGUGAACGAGAAAGAAAGUGCCCAAUUUAGUAGAGUGGCAGUGGAGUCGGAGCUGGAAAAAGUGAAGGAAGAAGUUUCUAUUCAGACUACCAAACUUACAGAAGCCUACCAAACUAUAAAGUCACUUGAGGAUGCGCUGUCUGAGGCAGAGACAAAUGUUUCUUUCCUUUCGGAGGAAAAGAAUCAUGCGCAAGCUGAUAGAAAUAAUUUGGAGAAUGAAAUGAAGAAGCUAAAAGAAGAAGCUGAUUCCCAGGUUAGUAAACUUGCAGAGGCCUACAGUACUAUAAAAUCACUUGAAGAUGCAUUAUCCCAGUUGGAGACUAAUGUUUCUUUGCUGUCUGAGGCAAAUAACAAAGUGCAAGCAGAUAGAAGUAAUUUGGAGAAUGAAAUGAAGAAACAAAAAGAUGAAGCUGAUUCCCAGGCUAGGAAGCUUGCAGAUGCCGGAUCAAUAAUAACAGGACUGGAAGAUGCAUUGUUGAAGGCAGAAAAUAACAUUUCUGAACUUCUUGGUGAAAAGAAAAAUGCUGAAGAGGAGAUAUUAGCACUUAAUUCCAAGUUAAAUGCUUGUAUGGAAGAAUUAGCUGGAACCAGUGGUAGCUUAGAAAGUAGGUCUCUGGAGCUUUCCAGUCAUCUUAACAAUCUUCAGUUGCUACUAAAUGAUAAGACCCUAUUCUCUUUACUUGGCGAAAGAUUUGAGAUAAAAUUUGAGGGGCUGAAAGAUAUGGACCUCCUUCUCAAAGACAUAAAGGAUCAUUUUGUCAAAAUGGGAUCAGAAAAACUGAAAAGCUAUCCAGAUACAGAGGAAGAUGGAUAUAUUUUGAAGUUAUUGGCUGAUCUUGAAAACAACACAAAGGUUGAAUUGGACAAUGGGGAGGAUCAUGCAGAAGGUGGUGACAGUUUUGAGUCCUAUUUCAGAAAAACUGUGGAAGGUCUUCAUUCUAAAAACAAGAUUCUUGCGGAUAAAUUUGAAGGUUUCUCUGCGUCCAUGGAAGAGAUUAUUGCAUUUCUUUUAACAAAAUUACAAGCAAUAAGAAAUGAGGUAGUAGCUAAGCUAGGCCAAGUGAGAGUUCUGGAGCAAACAGUUAAUAAUCUGGAAACAGGCAGACAGGCACACGAAAACAAGAGAGCCAUGUUGGAACAUGGUAUUACAGUUUUACAGUCAGCUUGUAUUGAUGCCACCCAAGAACUGCAGUUUAUGGUUGAGAGGAAUGUACUGGAACUGGGCGUUGUUCCUGAGCUGGAAAAAUUGAAUAACUUGUCCUCUGACAUGAGAGAAGCCCAAGGAGAAACAGUAGCAGAAAAUCAGCUGAAGCUUGAGGGCAGCAAAUAUAUCAAGACUGCAGAGGACCUAUUACAGGCUACUAGAAAAGUUCAAGCACUAACUAAACAAUUUGAGAAUGCAAUGAAUGAAUCAGCUAUUACCAUUAAAAAUAUGGACAAUAAAUUGAAAGAAACUGGAAUAAGUUUAGAGAAUGCCAUAGAAGAAAGGGACUUGAACCAAAAUAGGGUUUCCAAGUUGGAGACUGAUUUAGAAGUGUUACAAAAUUCUUUCCAGGAAAUGAAGUUCAAACUGGAGGAUUAUCAGGAAAAGGAGGCUAAUUUGAAUGCCAGGGAGGCAGAACUUUUGUCUUUGUACAAUACUUCAGUGACAAAAGAAAAAGGUAAUGAAGACGUACUCCUGUCAGCAUCUGAAGUGAAAUCCCUCUAUGAUAAGGUAGAUAAUUUUGAAGUCCCUUUUAGUGAGUUUCAAGUAGAAGAUACUGAGUUCCAUGAUACAGACCGUGUAAAGAAGCUCUUCUACAUAAUUGAUGCUGCUGCUGCAAUGCGGCAUCACGUGAACAUAUUAUCUCAUGACAAGGAUGAGCUGCAGUCAACUGUUGGCAACCUGGUUCAUCAAAUUGAACAUCUGGAAGAGACAGUUCAAGAGCAGAUUAGAGAUAACCAUGACUCUGAAAAGAUGAAGAGUGAAUUUGUUGAGCUGGAGUUAGUUUUGGAAAAUAUAAUUCAGAAGUUGGGAGGAGAUAAUUUUCUUGGAGACAAGAAAUCUGCUGGUGUAAGGGAACUCUUAACAGUAUUAGAAAAGCAGGUUAUGGGCAUGAUUUUGGAAUCGGAAAAUUCAAAGUCUAAAGCCCAGGAACUUGGUGCAAAGUUGCUGGAAAGCCAAAAGAUCAUGGAUGAAUUAUCUACAAAGGUUAGGUUACUUGAGCAUUCUAAUCAAAGUAGAUCCGGUUCACCUGAGGAUGCCCUGGAAAGAAGCAUCAUCACAGAAGCACCUUCAGUGCCUUCUUGGUCAGAGAUAACUGAAAUUGAAGAUGGGGGGCCCCUUGGAAAGAAAGCAACUCCUCCUCUCCCUUCUGCUGCCCAUGUGAGAACAUUGCGCAAGGGAUCAAAUGAUCAUCUUGCUAUCAACAUGGAUUCAGAAUCUGACCAUUUGAUCACAAACGAGGAAACUGAUGAAGAUAAAGGUCAUGUAUUCAAGUCUCUUAACACGUCUGGCCUCGUUCCCUUGAAAGGGAAGAUGAUUGCAGAUCGAAUUGAUGGACUUUGGGUAUCUAGCGGUCGAGCUCUGAUGAGUCGUCCUAGAGCGCGGCUAGGGGUAAUUGCCUAUUGUCUGCUUGUGCAUAUAUGGAUUCUCGGAACAAUCUUGUAACAGCCAGUGAUCAUACGCUAUCUGAAGCACACAAACUCCAUUAUUCACAAACGGUAGAUGUAUCAUAGAUAUAAGUCCUUUAACCAUUCUUUUGACUUACAUUUUACUUUUUUGUUCAUAUGAUUUGCCCUAGCGAUUCUCUGCAAUCAGAUUUUAGGGUUUCAGAGAAUCUAGGCCUCCGCAAAUAUGGAGAAUGUUUUAUAUUUGUUCCACUUUCUGUGUUCAAUUGAAUUUGUUAUUAUGUUAGUCAAUAGAUAAUAAGAAAUUAAUCCCUAUAUAUCC